GUGUACCAAUACAAUAUAAUUAGCAUGUUUUGACUAGACACGUAUUACGAAAUGUGAAAUAAAAUAACCAAAAUUAUCUUUCAUUAAAUGGAAACACAGAUUUUUUUUUUGGGACAAACUGAAAAGUAAGAUGGAACUUCAUUUGAAUGAGAAUAGAAAGAAGAACUCUAGAUUUUUGGCUGGGUUGAAGAAUAAAAGAGGUAAAAGGCAUCCAAUGCCCGAUUCUUUUGAUAGGCCAUCAGAGCUCAUUGACAUUUUUCGGUCACAAAUGCAGAUCUCAGAAGCCAUGGAUAGUCUUAUUGGACAAUGUUUGGCUGCUCUAGCAGCGGGGAGAGCUCGGGAACAGAUUGAUGUUCCCCAAAUCAUCCUUGGAUUUUUGAAUGGAAUGCUCAAGUCUGAUUUUCCGAACGAGAAGUCAUAUAUCCUAUGGAAGAGCAGACAACAACCCAUUAUAGUCCCAAGAGAAUCAACACGAUCACUGAAGAUGGAGAGUUCGAAGGUUGGAAUCGAGAAGUUUGAUGGAUCUGAUUUCGGUUUCUGGAAGAUGCAGAUUGAAGACUAUCUGUACCAGAAAGAUCUUCACGAACCCUUGACUGGGGUGAAGCCGGAUUCCAUGACAGAGGAGCAGUGGAAGCUCAAGGAUCGUCAGGCAUUAGGGAUGAUCCGGUUGACUUUGACGAAGAACGUGGCGUUCAACAUAGUGAAAGAGAACACUACUGCGGGUCUAAUGAAGGCCCUAUCAAAUAUGUACGAAAAACCAUCUGCGAUGAACAAGGUAUAUUUGAUGCGUAGAUUGUUCAAUUUACAGAUGCCUGAAAGUGGAUCAGUGGCUAAUCAUAUAAAUGAUUUUAAUAUGAUUGUGAGUCAACUGUGUUCUGUGGAAAUCAAUUUUGAGGAUGAAAUUAAGGCGUUGAUUUUGCUGUCAUCUAUGCCCGAGUCUUGGGAUACUGUNAACGUGGCGUUCAACAUAGUGAAAGAGAACACUACUGCGGGUCUAAUGAAGGCCCUAUCAAAUAUGUACGAAAAACCAUCUGCGAUGAACAAGGUAUAUUUGAUGCGUAGAUUGUUCAAUUUACAGAUGCCUGAAAGUGGAUCAGUGGCUAAUCAUAUAAAUGAUUUUAAUAUGAUUGUGAGUCAACUGUGUUCUGUGGAAAUCAAUUUUGAGGAUGAAAUUAAGGCGUUGAUUUUGCUGUCAUCUAUGCUCGAGUCUUGGGAUACUGUUGUUGCUGCAAUUAGUAGUUCUCGUGGGUCUGAGAAGCUGAGGUUCGAUGAAAUCCGUGAUGUUGUUCUUAGCGAAAGUAUUCGCAAGAGAGAAAUGGGUGAUUCAUCGGGUAGUGCUCUCAGCGUUGACCAAAAGGGUAGAAGCAAGUUCAAGGGCCAACAUCAACAUGGCCGAUCAAAAUCAAAGAAUCGAGGCAAGUCUCCGAAUAGAUCCAAUAUAACUUGUUGGAAUUGUGGAGACAAAGGGCACUUUAAGGCGGAUUGUAAGAAGCCAAAGAAGAAGCAGAAUCAGAAAUCUGGAGAUGACGGUGAUUCUGUAAAUUCAGCUGAGGAUAUUGGGGAUGCUCUAAUCCUCAGUGUAGCCCAGUUGAAUCCUGGAUUUUGGAUUCUGGUGCAUCCUUCCAUUCGUCACCAAGCAAGGAGUUGUUCCAAAAUUUCAAAUUUGGAAAUUUUGGAAAGGUUUUGGGAUGACAAGAACAAAAAGAUCCUGAGACAUUGUGACGUGACAUUUGAUGAGUCUAUCCUGUACAAGGACAGAGAGCAGAAGGUUCCAGAGAGUACGAAGCAAGUGGGAGUUGAGGUUGAGUUGGAGAAAAGUACUCCCAUAAAUGUUGAAGCAGAAACUCAACCAACUCCAGACACUAUUGAUGAAGAACCUGAGGUGGAGCAAGUGACACCUGAGCAGGUGUUGAGGAGAUCAUCCAGGAUUAGCAGGGUACCAGAUAGGGUUGUGCAAGACCUCGGUUGGUCUUCUGUAGUUGUUCACUACAGAUGUUGCGGUGCGGUGAAGACAUUGAUGAUGUUGGCAAUUUCUGAGAUGAUUGGAUCAGUCUCCAAGUGGGAGAAUUGUUAGGUUAUGGAGCCUGAUGCUUAAUGAUUAAGUUUGCUUAAUGGUUAAGUUUGCUUAAUGGCUAAGUUUACUUAAUGGCUAAGCUUUCUUAAUGGUUAAGUUUCCUUAAUGGCUAAGUUUGCUUAAUGACUAAGUUUUCUUAAUGGUUAAGUAAGUAGAGGUUGUAAUGCCUAUAUAUAUAUAUUCUCCUUUGUAGCUAAUUUUUUGUAGAGAGGCAAGAGACAAAUUCUCUGUAAGUGUAUCUGCCUGAAAUCAUCAAUAAACACAUCUAGCCGCCGUGGAAGUUUACUCACGGGGUGUUACCACGUUAUUUCACGUGUUUCACUUUCUCUCUACUUUUACUCUCUCGUUUUUUCUUCACCUUCUUCAUCGGAUUUCUAUGAGUGUU